AUGAAUGACGAUAGCCUAACCAACCUCAUACAAAAAAUAGGGCACCAUAUUGAUGAUAUUAGAGACCGAUCGAUUAUUAUGUUAAUUCAAAAAUAUGAAAAAAAUUUAAUAAACGAAGAAGAGUUAAAAAAACGAGCCAGCUUUUAUUGCUUGAUUCUUCAUUACAUUAAUGAUAGAAAUUCAUUCAUUCCUUUAAAAAGCUUACAAGAUAUAUUAUCCUUUGUGAUGAAUAUUAUAAAGAAAGAUGAGCACAUAAAACAAAAAUUUGAAGAAUUAUAUAUAUCAAAAUUUUUGAAAGAAUUUUUAACUCAUUUCAAAAAUAACAAAGAAAAAUAUAAAUCGAAUAAAGAAGCACAAAAAAGUUAUCUUGUUAAAAGCGAUGAUAUGUGUAUGCAAAGUUUAGACAAAUCUUAUACAGAAAAUAAUGAAUACACAAAUGUUAUUAAGAUUCUAUGUGAACUGAUUAAUAUAUAUUGUCCUAAAGAAUCAAUAAAUGAUAUAUUAGAAUUUAAAGACAGAAAAAAUAUAAAUAUACAAAAUAGUCAAAAUACAAAUGAUGUAACGUCUUCGUUAAAUACACAAGAUUUAACUAGUGAUAGUACCAAUCUUUAUAAUGAAAAAAUUAUGAAUCCACAAAAUGACGAAAACAAUAGUCCAAUAAAAAAUUAUAUAAUAAAUGAAACGAAUACAGUUCAAAAUAAAGACACUUCUGAUAUAACUCCCAAAGAACAAGAAAAAAAACAAAGAAAUUCAUUGAUUUCGUUGAGCUUAUAUCAAAAUAAUAAUAUAUCAGAAAAAGAUUUGGCAACUGUAAAUCAAAUGAUUAAAAAAAACAACUACAUAAAUAUAUUUACAAAACAUAGGUGUUCAACAAUAGAAGAUUUUGAAUAUUAUAAUAUAUUAUAUUCUAUCAAAAAUCAAUUAAAUCAAAAUUCAAUUGAUUUAUUGUUACGUUAUAAAUCUUAUAAAUCUAACAAAAUUAAAAAUGAAGAUAACAAUACUAGUGAUACACUAUUGUCUUCAUCCUUUCUUCAUACUAAUAAAAAUGUCAUUGAACAAAAUUAUUCGUCCCUUUUAAAAUAUUAUAAUUUUUUAUAUUUAUAUAACUUUUUUGAUAGUUAUGAUAUGUUCAGGAAAAAUUUUCUCUAUAUAAAUGGGAUGGAACCACAAAACAAUAAUAUAGAAAUAAAGCAACUAAAUGAAGAAACUGAAAAAUGGGAUGUAGAGAAAAAAAAAAAAGAUGGAAAAAAAAAUGAUCAAAUUUGUUCUAUAACAAAUAUAAUAGAUCAAUAUUACACAUAUCUAAAACACAAUUAUAUAUAUAACAACAAUAUUUAUUACAAAAUUACAAAUUAUACUAAUAAAAUUAAUUUGCUAUAUUUUUACACGAAAAUGAAAUUUAAUUACUUUGAACUAUUAGGAAUUAAUAUAAUUAAAAAAAAAAUUAGUGUGGACGAUUUAGUAUACAUGAAUAAGGAAGUCAAUAAAAUUUUAAACAAAUAUAUAUACAUUUUUAACAAAGAUGUAUUGUUAUUUAAUUAUAAGUUUGUGUACACUCUUAGCUAUAAUAUUCAUUAUAUAUAUAAAAAUUAUGUAGAAAAUCGGCAAUUAGAAAAUGACUAUAAUUAUAUAAUUAAUAUAGUAAACAACCUGUCUUUUAUCAUAUAUAUUAUUUUAUACAAUAUUUAUGUUACUAUAAAAAAUAAAAAAGAAUGUAUGUGUAAUAGUAUAUACAAUAUAUAUAUAAAUAAUUUUUUUUUCUUGCUUAAUCAAAAUCUUUUUUACUUGAUUUUUCUUUGCAAUAGCAAAAAGGCAGAAAAAAAAAUAUCAAAAAACAUAAUCACAGUCACCAAUUUUACAGCAUAUCAAAGAACCAAUGAUGAAAAUUUAAAUAGCGAAUAUCAAAAUAAUGAUAAAAUAAUAAGCAAUAUAAAUUCAUUCUACUAUAAUAAACAUUGUCAGAAAUACUCAGAACUAGCAGAUAAAAAUAACACUUUAGAAAUAAACGAAAAUGAUAUGUAUAACUAUUUAUUUAUAACAAAAAAUAAUUGCAUAUACAUUUUUAAGAUGAUAGUUUUUUAUAUUCUAGAAAUAUUAAGAAUUUCGCAUUAUAGAAUCGAUAAUAUAUAUAAAAAUUGUUCUAUAUUUAAUUUUCAUACAGAAAAUUAUAUACUUAUAUAUGAUUAUUUGUAUAACAUAAUGAUUCAAUAUUUUGAUAGCGACCAAAAAGAGUUAGAUACUAACUUUAAUAUUUUAAUUGAUUUUAUAAAAGAGACAAAUAUUUAUACUUCUUCGAAUACUAGAAAUAAAAAUGCUAAUAAUAAUAAAACUGAUUAUAUAUCAGGGAAAAAAGAAUCAAACAACUAUUCUUUUUUAUCAGUUUCUUCGUCAUUUGCUUCAUCCAAAGCUUUAGAAUCAUCUUCUUCUGAAUUAUCACAUGAUAUGAACAAAGACAAAUUUAUAAGUAUUGAUAUAUUCACCAAUGAUGCGUAUAGAUACACAUAUAAAUAUAAUUCAAAACAAAUUGAAAUAUUAAAAAUUAUAUGCCUUUAUAUUAACUAUACACCUAUAUCAUUUAUUCAAACAAAAAAGAUAAAAAUACAAUUUGCUAACUUAUUGAAAACUAUAUUAUUUGAUAUACAUAUAAAUACUCAUUAUUUAGAGAUUUUAUAUUUUAUUAAACUUUUCUUUUAUUUUUAUGAUUCACAAAUUUACAAAGAAUACGAGGAUUUCAUAUUUUACUACAAUUUGAUAGUCAACCUUUUCUUUAUUUAUAGUGAAAAGCAUAACAACAUUUCAAAUAGUGAAAACGAAAACAAUCAUCCAGAUAAAAAUAUACCUACCCCUAUGGUACAUGCCAAGAAGCACAUUCAGAAAAGUAUGGAUGCCAUGAAUACCCAAUUAGACAUUUCAACAUUUAUAAAUACUAAUAACAAUAUUUUUCAUUUUUUGUUUUUUAUAUCUACUAAUUAUGCAUCCCUCAAUGUAUUUUUAGAAAAAUUUCUUGCUGAAUCUAUAAAACAUUGCGACAUUGGUUCAUGUGAUAGUAACGUAUUUUUAAACACAGUUACAAAUCCAGAUAACAAAUUUUCAGAAGUUUUUGUUAAUUUUAAAUCAAGCGAUUUUGAAAAUAAAGAAAAAUACACAAAAGACGCAACAAAUAAUUUUAAAAAUAUAGAAUCAAAACAGUUACAUAAUUUUUAUACUACUUUAAUAAAAGCAGCAAAGAACAACACUGAAUCAAUCAAUAUUCAAAGUCACGAAAUUGAGAAAUUUAUUGAUAAUUCAAAUAUAAUUUCCAAUUUCUCCUUCAAUUUUAUUCACAAUAUAAGUAGCGUGUUAAUUGAGAAUAGUUUUAAAAUUUUAUUUAACACCUUUUUAUUAUUAUCUUCUGAAUAUAACAAUUUUGAAAGUUAUAUAGAACCGCAUGAACAAUAUAGUACAAUAUAUCAAUUUAUAGUUGACAAGCUAAAAAAAUUUAGCAAUAAAAUGCAUAUAUUAUCAUUUAAUCAUAAUACACAAGAUGAAAAUCAUUUAAUUCAAAAUGUUAAAUUUAUCGAACUAUUUAAAAAUUUUCUUCUUCUAUUAUAUAAUAUAAUUUCAAUAAUAUAUAGUUACAAUAACGAAGUUAUUUUCUUUUUUCUUAACUUUAUUUUUAAUAUUAAUAAUGAAAAAAAUAAAUUUUUUAACUUUAAUGAGAAAUUAUCUCCUAUUUAUGUACAAGUAUUUAACAUCCUUGACAACCAUAAUUGUGAAAUAAACACUUUAAACAAAAAAACAAACGAUCUAAAUGAUUACGAAAAAUAUAUUGGUGAAUAUAAUUCUUAUAAACCUACAGCCCAUCAUUCAAAUUUUAAAACCAAGGAAAAUCCAAUUACUAAUUAUAGAACUGAUUAUACUAAUGUUUAUCAUAAUAUGGGCAAUGAAGACAAAAAAUAUUUAGAUAAAAAAGAGGAAUAUCCUUCUAAUGAUAUGAUAAAAUACGAGGAUAAAACAAAUUUUAAUUAUUAUACUACAAAAAAUUAUGGAAAUAAAGACAAUUUUGAUUAUCCUGAAUGCCAUCCUGAUUAUGAGAAUACACAAUAUUGUGAAAAUAUAUUUGACAAAGAAAACAGGGAAAAACAUAAUUGUCUAGAAAGAAUAAAAAACUCACACAUACCUCUAAAAAAAGAGCCAAAUGAUUUUAAUGAAAUAGAAAACAAGUAUAACAACAAUGAGCAAAAUCAAUGGAACAAAACUAAAGAAUUUGUUCCCCAGUCUGAUGACAAUGCAAAAAAUGAUAAUUUAAAUAAUUAUAAUAAAAAAUAUAGUGAUAUAACGCACAGUAUUAAUAAAGCAAAACAACACAUAUCAGAUACAUUUUUAUCACCUUUUCAAAUAAUCGAAUUUGUUGAUUUUAUAUAUGAAAUAUGUGUAUAUAGCAAAAAGGAAAUAAAAAAUUAUUAUAUAGUAUUUAUUAUAGAAAAUAUUAAAAAAAAUAUCAACAUUUUAAUUGAUAUGAUCAAAGAUAAAGAAAUAAAAGAAAAAAGACGCAUUCUAGCAAAUAUCAAAGUAUAUUCCAACCUAUUGCUUCUUUUGUAUUUUAUUAAAAAAAAAUAUAUAAUAAUAAUUGAGCAAACUCUUUAUAAUUCUUUUAAUUUUUUAUAUGAAAAUUAUUUUUAUCCUCAUUUUAUCCAAAAUAAAAAACAAAACUUAAAAGUAGAUCAAGAUAGUAUCAGUCUAUAUUUUUAUCAAAAUGUGUUUAUAAAUAUACAUAAUGCAUACUUUUUUCUAUUUCAAAAAAAAAAAAAAAAACGAACUUUUUGUCUUAAAUUCUUUUGGAAAUUAUACUACCAAUUUAAAAUGAACUUUGGUAAAAUAAAUACACAGCAAGAACAAUUCAAAAAAACUGACAUUUUAAAUGAUACUUUAGAUUGUUCUUUUGGAACGAAUGAUGAAAGUCAAAGUAAAGAAAUUUUAAAAAGAAAAAUUCAAUAUUACAACAUUGAUCAAAAGACAGACAAAACUUAUGAAAAUAGUAAAAUAAAUGAGAAAAAUAACACAGAAGGUGAAAAACUAUCUUAUAACAUAUUUAAUUAUUCAAAUGAUUUGGAUUUUAAACCUAAUGAUUUGAAUAUUUAUAUAACCGACUUUUUAUUAGAAACAUUUACAGAUGAUGAAACGAUUAUUUUGAAGUAUAUGGAUAAUAUAAGCAUGGGCAUAGACAAACUAACUCCUCAUUUUUUUAAUAAAAUUAUUUCAUUCAUUUUGAGAAAAGAAACAAAAUAUGAAGCAAACAUAAUAUCAACCCAAAAAACAUCUAACCAUGACAAAGAAGUAUCAAACGAUGAUACCAUCUAUCUUCAAAUUUAUGAACAUGUUCUCAGUUUAUAUUUACAAAUUAUAAAAGAAAUUAUUCUUAAAGAAAAAAUAAGCAUAAAAUAUAUUGAAAUAUUUAUAUAUGUGUUAAAAAUAAUUAUUAUUCUACUUAUUACCAAUGAUAGAAAUAGCCAAAUAUGUAAAAAGAUAUAUAAAGAGAAAUACUUUUUUUUAUCACAUUUAUAUUGCUUUUUUUUCUAUGACAAUGAAAUUAUAAAAACAUUAUCUAUUAGCUUAACCUUUUAUUUAAUAUUUGAUCAAAAUAUAUUGUUAUUGAACAAAUACAGAUUAUUUUUAGAGCCAUAUUUUGUCAUGGAACAAGAGGAAAAUAAUAAAAAAGUAAAAACAAGAGAUGAAUAUAUUCCAUUUUUAUUAAAUAAAUGUCUCAAUAAACAAAAAAUAAACUAUUCGUCACAAUCCAAUGAUGGAAAAAAUGUUGAAUAUACUAUAAUUGAUGAAAUAACAAAAAUAAAACAUACAAAUAUGUGCACACAAGAGGAAGUAGACAAUACGCAAAAUAAACAUGAGGAUGAAUGCCAUUCAUUUCAAAAAGAUAUACAUUCUAUUCACAAAAAAUAUAAUAUUAGUUUUUUCAACUUAAAAAAUAGUAAAUCUAAAUAUUUAGAUAAUAAAAAAAAUGAUCACAUAAACAAUUUAAAAAGGGCAUCUUAUUAUAUAGAAAAUAAAAUUAUUUAUUAUAUACCUUUUUGGCUGUAUAAAAAAUUACAACCAAAUCAUUUAUUAUUUCAUAUUAAAAAAUUUAAAUCCUAUUUUUUAUAUUCAACAAAAUAUACUUAUUUGCAUAGUUUUCAUAACCCUAAAUCCAAUACCACUGAAAAAGAAUUAUCUUAUUAUGGAAAUUAUAACAAUGAUAACAUAUUUAGAUCCUUUGCCUUAUUUGUUAAUAAAUAUUAUUACAUAAUUCAGGAACUAAAAAAAAGUGGAAAUAAUAUUUUAUUAAAUCAUAACAAUAACAUUUGUAAACCUAAUAUAUCAAUUUCCCCAAUAAAUCAAGAUACUCAUAGUAACAAAUCCUUAUAUAAUCCUAAUUCAUUUAUUUUUUUAAAUAUAAAGUUAGACAAAAAUAUUUUAUCAUAUAAUAAUUCAGCAUAUAUAAAUUCUUUGUUAAAGGAAUUAAAAAUCCAACCAUCUAUAAAUGAUUUUGAAGAUGAUAAAAUCAAAUUUUCUUAUAUAUACAAUUUAAAUAGGCUUUUUUUCUUCCUAAAUAAUUUCUAUAUUCAAUUUUUAUAUACAUAUGAUGAUAAUUAUGAUAAUUCGAUAAAACAAAGUCAAAACAACAUUCCCAAAAAUAAUACCAUAGAGAAAUGUGAAAUUUCGUAUUUACAUGAUAAAUCAAAAAUGGAAACAAAUUCAAAUACCAUGUGUGAAGAAAACAUAAAUCUAUGCAAUUGUGAAACGAAAAAAAAUUGUCAGCAUCAGUUCAUAAAAAUAAAAAAAAACAUUUAUUAUCUUUUUGAAAAUAAUUUUAGCCAGAUAUUGAACGUAAUCAAUUUUGUUUAUGAUAUAAUAUUUCCAUAUACCGAUAAACUUGUAUUUUUUAUGUAUAACUGUCUAACAAAUACUAAUAAUACAAAUGAAAGUUGUUCUCAUAAAAAAAGUAUAAUACUUAUUCAUAACAACUUAUUAUUACUAGAACAUUUGAUAAAUGUAUUUGAUAUAUGCCUAUAUAUUCAUUUAAUAAUUAAGAACAAUAAAAAUAUAUAUAUUAAUGAACCCAUCCAUGAACUAAAUAAACAAAUAGACUUAUCAUUAUAUAUAUAUAAAUUAUUAUAUAUCUCUAUAUCUACGAAUUCAUUAAAAAAUAAAAUUUCCAGUUUCUCUUUAAACAUUAUAUAUAAUUUUAUAAAGAUAGACAAUUACUACCUUAAUAUAAAGCAUAAUUAUUAUAAUAAUUUAGAUGGGGAAAAACUAAAAGAAAAAGAAACUAAAAAUUAUAUUAUGCUAAAAGAAGAAGAAAGGCAACGAAAAAUGCAAAAAGGAAAAAAUAAAAGCAUAUCGAUCUUAGUUAAUUUUCUAUUUUUCAUUAUAUCAAAAUAUUCCAAGAAAGUAAUCAAAAAAAAAGCGAAACAAAAUAUUCCUAACCAAAUAUCACAACCUAAACAUAAUUUAUAUUAUAAUAUAGUAAAUUUAUACGAAAUAGAAAAAAUAAUAAACAUUGAAAAUGCCACAUUUCAAAAUCAUGAAAAAAAGUAUCUUAAAUUAAAUAUAUUUUUUAUAAAAAAUGUCAUGUCUAUGCUACAUGUAAUAAUGAAGCAGGGAUGUUAUAUUGAUAUAAAUUUAAUAAACAAUGAUAUAUCUUUCAUGAACUAUAAUAUAUUGAUGAAUUACGAUUAUAAGCGUUUUAUCAAUAAACAUAUUUGGAAAUCAAAAAUUGAUAUAAAUAAUCAACAUGCAUCACAGCCAGAAAAUACAUCCUCACAAAUUGGACAAAAUGUUACUACUAUAAGAAGUGGCAGUAAAUAUACUGAUAGUAGUUUCAGUAAUAGUAGUCAUAAUGACAUUCAAAGCGAUUCGAGUUCUUCAAAUAAUACCAAACCAGGGGAUAUAUCACUCAACCCAUUAAUAGAAAAUAAGAAUACUAAAAAAUUGAGAAUCUUAAAAAAAAUAAUUUUAAAUAAAUAUAUUAACACAUUAUUAAACUUUUGCAAUAUAUACAACGAUAUUGUUAUAGAAUGUUUGCAUGUUCAAUUGCUAAUGUUUUUUUUUAAAUAUAUUCUACAAGUUAUAAAAAGCAAAUUUAGAAAGGAAUAUAUAAAGGAUAAUUGUUAUUCCAAGCAACAAAUAUUAAUUUAUUUUUUUAAAUAUUACAAGGUGGAUAAAAAAAUUUGUAUUUUUUUAAAAAGUAUUUAUCUUAUUAUGCUAAAAUAUUCUAUAUAUGUGCAAAACACAAAAAUUUCAAAUGAUUUUUUUACGCAUAAUAUCACUGCUAAAAAAAGACAAAUUGAAAAACAUAAUAACCAAAAUAAAGAAACAAAAUUAGAUAUAAAUAAACACAAUUAUUUUAUAAAAGAGGACAAUAUAUAUAAAAAUUAUUGUAAACUAUUUUAUGAGCAUACAAUAAAUCAUUAUCGAAAUUGCAUAGAAACUGAAAAACAAAGUGAAAAAUCUUAUUCAUAUAAUAAUUUAGGAGAACAAAUUAUUAAUAAUUCGAAUUGUGAUAAAAGAUUAAGUGAUAAAUUCAAAUGUAGUAGCCAACAAAAUAACAAUAGUAGCAUCACUGAUAUUACAAACACAACAUACAUAUCUACGAUUGAUCUCUAUUGUCCUUACUGCGAAGAAAUCAAAAUAUUGUUUUUGUCUAUAAUAGUUUUUUUAAGUUUUUCACUGGAUAAUUUUCCUUUAUUCUUUUUGCAAGAUAUUAAUGAAACAAGAGAACUUGUAAAAGACGGCGAUUCAGAUAAUACAAAAAAUGAAAAUAUUAUUAUUUUAUGUGAGCGUAUAUUUUAUUAUUUGAGUAAAAAAAAUAUUUAUAGAAAUUUUUGUAUUUUUAGAGAAGCAAAACUACUUGAAAAAUAUUUUAUAAAAAUAUUUAUAAAACUGUUAUAUUGCAACCAAAAGAAAACGAUGAGCAAUUUGCAAAAAUACGAAAUUUAUAUUUAUAAAAAUGAAAUGAAUCCAUUGAAUUCGCAAAGUAGCCAAUUUAAAGAAGGAAAUGAUAAGGAUGAACAUAUACAGGGAAAAUAUAAUCACAGCAUUAAUAAUUGUUGUGAUAAUACCAAUACGCCUAAUACAUCAUGUAGUUGUAAAAAUAAUUAUUAUUACACAAAGAAAACUAAAAUUUUUAAGAAGCAUAUGACGCAUGAUAAUCAUUUUUAUAUAAACUAUUUUCUUAAUUAUUUUCUAAUAGAAAAAACUGGAAAAAAUAAUUUGGAGUGCAUAUAUGACAAAAUAUAUUAUUAUAUUCUUAUUGUUAUUAUGUGUUUCAAAGACAAAAAUUUCCUAUCAGUUCUUCUUUCAAAAAAUGAAAAUUUUUACGAUGAAUUUAAUAAAAGUUUACAAGAAUACCUCAAAUAUGUUUUAAAAAAUAAGCAAGAAGUAAAUGAAAAGAAGAAAAAAAAUGAAACAAUGAUCCACAAUCUGUUAUAUAUAUUUGUUUCUUAUAUUUAUAUAUAUUUAAAUGAAUUAUACACCAUAUUUUUUACACACAUUAAAAAUUUGCUUACUCUUCCAUCAUUUUUUCAAAACGUUAUAUAUAUAAAUAGUGCUAGAAUGAUACAAACAAAUUUAAAGAAUACGAAUGAGAAAACGGGUGAAAAAACUAACGAACAAAAUUUCAACUACAUAUCAAUUGCAGAAUAUUAUGAUAUCUUAAUAAAUAAUAAAAACCAACAUUCAAACAACAAUUUAGAAAAUUAUUUAGAUCAAAAUAUUAAAAAUGUAAUAAUUCGAAACAUAUUUCAUAAUAAUAAUAUUUAUUUAUUUAUUCUAUAUAUAAUGAAUGACAAUAAAUAUAAUAUAAAUAGUGGUGGAGAAGCAUAUAGAAAAUGCAAUUCGUUGGAUAACAAUCCUGACGAUUCUAUAAAAAACGAUAUUUUUUUCAAAUCCUUUCAAUCAAAUUUUAAGAGAAAUAAUAAAGUAUACUUAAACAAAAUAACAACAAAUAUUAUUCUAUUCUUUUUAUUAUUCUUUUAUGAUUAUUAUUCAUCCAAUUAUGAAAUAAAAGAAAAUAUUUUAAUGCAAAUUGUACGACAUAUUUUCGAGCAUUUUAUAACCUUUUUUAAUGACGACUUUAUAUAUGUUCAUUCAAAAUUAUCCGAGAUUACAAAGUCAAGUAAUUUAAACAUAAAAAAAAAACAAAAACCUUAUACCUCCAGUAAUUUGAAAUAUGGAAUAAAUAACGAAACAAAAAUUAUAGACAAUAAAUCUAUGAAUAAAGAUUUUCAAGAAAGUAAUAAAAAUGAAUCACCAGAAAAAAUCGACAAAGCAAAGAACAAAAAUAUUUAUUUGCGAGCACAUGAUGCAUUAGAAAAGGUAAAAAAGGAGGAAAAUAAAAAGCGUGAAGAAACAUUAAAAGGGAGCAGCAGAAAUAGAGAUCAAUCAAUUACUCAACAAAAUUGCAAAGAUGUUUUACAAAGUAAAGAAAUUAAAAAUCAUAAAAUAUCCAUCGAAAAUAAUUUUAAACUAUAUAACAAUAAAAAAUGUAAAAACAAUGAAUUGAAUGAAAAAAAGACACCAUUAGAUAUGCAUAAAGAAAAUGAGCAAAAUCUCGAAUUUAAAGAUUCUUCAAAAGUAAACAAAUAUAUAAUAACUGUUAUACUAGAUAAAUUAAAGAGAAAUAAAAAAUUGGUGUUUUUAUAUACAACAAAUAGCUUCAGGAUUAUACACAUACAUAACAACGUUUCAUCUUUGAUUUUUACAUAUAAAUACAUUUCAAUUAUGCUUCAAAAAUUAUCCUAUUUUCAAAACGCCGAAAUUAUCAAAUGCAUUUAUAAUACUUUUGACUACUACAUAUUUAAUAUUACAAAAAAUGAAAUAAAUGUUGUAGAAGACAAAUGGAAAAAUAUUUUCUAUAAAGAUAUCGGAUAUAUGUCAUAUACAUAUAUUUAUUAUUUCUUUAACUUCAUAUCAUGUUUUUUACUAUAUGAUGUUUCGACGUUGGAUAAAUUUUGUUCCAACAUGCAAAAAUCUAUCGAUAUAAUUAAUAACUAUCUAAAAGAAUUAAUAACUAAUACACAAGGAGUAUAUAUAUCUUCUAUAAUUUUAAACUUUUAUCUUACUAUUAUGAAUUCCUACUUGUUCGAUUUUUCAUUAUAUCAAAAUACUUUUAUCUUUUUAGAGAAAAAUGAAAACACAGAUGAGAAAAAUAAUUUAAACACAAAACAGUAUAUUAAUGACAUGCUAAAAAAUAAUAAUAAAUGGGCACAAAAUGGAAAAAAAGGAACUUAUUUUGAAUGCAUCAAAAAAUUAAGUACAGAGUUUAGUAGGACAAAAUUUAAUUCUUUUCUAAUCAAUUACAUUAUAGACAAUAUAGAAACCAAUACAAGUAAAAAUAUAACAGAAAUAAAAAGGGUAAAUAAUUUAAUUAUAUUAAUUUUACAAUUCCUAAGUUAUCAAAUCAUUUUUAUAGAUAACAAAAAUGAUAUAUUAAAAUUAGCAAAUGUUUUAAUGAAAUAUCUUAAAAAAAAAGACACAUGUAUUAUUUUAAGUUACUACAUUAUUGUUUUUUUUAACUCAUGCUUCCUUAAUCCAGUUUUUGAUGAGCGAUUGAUAAAUACGAUAUUCAAUUUUGAUAAAAGUGAUAACAUUUGGUUUAAUUUCAUAUUUUUAUCAAGCACCAAAAUGAAAAAAAACAAAGAUGCCAUUAUACUAGUUAAGUUUUCGAUUUUGCACUUAUAUUUAUUAUUAUUAAAAAACAAAAAUUAUUUCAAAAAAUGUAUACUAUAUAUAUCUAGUGACAUAAACAUUUAUUUUGUUCUCAUCUAUAUACUGAAUGAAAUAUUCGAAUAUUUCCAAAUACUAAAUAAUAACGAAGAAAAUAUAAUUCAAAUUAUCAAAAUGGACAAAUCAAAUAACAAAGACAAUAAUCCUUCUAAUAUACAAAAGACACAUAUAAAAUACUUUUAUUUAUAUACUGAAUUAAUAGUAGUAGUUACUGAUAUUAUUAAAAUAAUAAAUACAAAUGACUUUAAUAAAUAUAUUGCGUUACAUCAUAACAAAGACAAAGAUAGUUUAGUCUUACAAUUUAAAAACUUGUAUAAAAAAUUAAAGAAUGAGUUAAAGCAUUUAGAAAAACAUAUAAAAUCAAUAAAAUAUUCGAUUUUCAUUCAUCCUCUAAUGAUUAAUAUUCACAUGCUGCAUCAAUACUAUUUAAGUAUUUAUAUAAAGGAGUUUUAUUAUUUUCAUAAAACAUUUUUUAAAUAUGAUUUAUUUAUGUUUAAUUAUCUAAAAUUAAUCAAAAAUAAAAGAAAAGGAACAAAUUUUACAUUUAUCAAAAAACAUCAAGAGAAAAAAGAAACCGGAAAAAUCGGCACUAUAGCAACUACACUCAAGACAUCUGAGGUAGCAUCCGAAAAUAUGCAAAAAUUGGAUUUGAAAAAUAACAUUGAUAGAGAAAAUUACAUAAACAAAAAUAAGGGGAAAUCAUACCAUAAUAUGAAUAACCAAGAUACACAUUUUUACUUUUUUUUUAAUACACAUAAAAACUUUAAUUAUCAAGUAAAUAGCCUAUAUUCUUCUACACUUCAAAAUGAGAUUCAUUAUUCUCUCAGCAAAAUUUUUUCGUCAUCUUUUCUGAAAUCAAAUGAAACUCCCCAAAACUAUUUGCAGUACAAUAUGGAGCAUAUCAAAAUAUAUAUCAAUUAUAUUAACCAAUCUGUAAAUUUUUCAAUCGAUUUUUUUAACAAUUUUGCAAAAACAUAA